AAAGCAGUACAGCAGUCCACCAGUAAGUUUGACAGCUCACAGAAACCGACUAGCAGGGAAAAUGAAGCUCCCAAUUUUCAUAGCGGAUGCAUUCACAGCAGAAGCAUUUCGUGGGAACCCUGCCGCUGUUUGCCUCCUAGAAAAUGAACUGGAUGAAGACAUGCAUCAAAAAAUUGCCAGGGAAAUGAAUCUGUCGGAAACUGCUUUUAUCCGAAAACUAAGCCCAACUGACAACUUUACACAAAGUGCCUGCUUUGGACUAAGGUGGUUCACACCUGCGAGUGAAGUCCCCCUCUGCGGCCACGCCACCCUGGCUUCUGCAGCUGUACUGUUUCACAAAAUAAAAAAUGUGAACAGCACUCUGACCUUCAUGACUCUGAGUGGGGAACUCAGAGCCAGAAAAGGAGAGGAUAGCAUCAUCCUGGACUUUCCUCUUUAUCCAGCCAAUCCUCAGGACUUCGGAGAAGUAAAGGAGUUGAUAAAGACUGCCCUCGGUGACACAGAGGUCCAGGACAUCCGCUAUUCUCCAGACACCCGCAAGCUCCUCGUCCGACUCAGUGAUACCUACGACAGGUCAUUCCUGGAGAACCUGAAGGUGAACGCGCAGAGUCUGCUGCAGGUCGAGAACACAGGGAGGGUGAGAGGACUCAUCGUCACCCUGAAAGGAAAGGCGGGUGCACAGCCCCAGGCCAUUGACUUUUACUCCAGAUACUUCGCCCCAUGGGUUGGCGUGGCGGAAGACCCUGUAACAGGGUCUGCACAUACUGUUCUCGGCAGCUACUGGUCUCAGCAACUGGGGAAGAAAGAGAUGCGUGCCUUUCAGUGUUCCCCCCGAGGAGGAGAACUGGGCAUUUCCCUGCGUUCUGAUGGAAGAGUUGACAUUCGCGGUGGUGCCGCGGUGGUCUUAGAAGGCACCCUGACAGCCUAGACCUGGUGACACUACAUGCUGCUCUCUCGAACAACCAUGGAUUUUCUGCAUAAAGAAGAAAUGCAAGGGGGAGAUGGCAGCUCAGAUAGAGAAGGAAACUCCAAGGAAAGGGUGUUUGGAGGAUUGAUUCGCUUGGGAUGCGAGAUGUGUGCUGAAAGUGGACUAUAGACCAUUAUUGAUGGCCACUCAAUACCUCUAUUGCAAACCACAACACCCUAAAGGAAAGAGAGAGCAAAAGGGAAUGCCCUGCCACAGAGGAGGGGUGGAAUGAGAGGGGUUGGGGUGGGGGUUGGGAGGGCUGCUGGGUUCAUUGGUGGAGGAGAAUGGGCACUGGUGAAGGGAUGGGUACUCAAUCAUUGUAUAACUGAAACCCAAGCACGAAAGUUUGUAAGUCUACAACUGUCCCUCAUGGUGUUUCACUAAUAAAAAAUUAAAAAAAAUAAAAACAACAAUAACAAAAAAAACUAACAAUUUUAUUCUUUAAAGUAAUAAAUGUAUACUACAAAUAAAUUUCCCUCAUUUUCAAAUAAAAUAUUAUUAAACCUUUAAAUAAUAUACUUAUAAAAUGGUUUAAAUUUUAGGAAAUCAUUUUUAAAAUUAAAAACUGUAGUUGAAAAUAAAAAAAAA